AUGGUGAGUCGGCUUACCAUCGGUACCGACGGUACCGACGGACAGUGUUUUGGAGGACUACCUUAUGCCAUAGCAAUAAUGCUAACUACCUCAUUCACCAACGGAUUUUUCAAAUUUACCGAUGGGGAAUUAAUUUCUCCAUCGGUACCGAUGGACAAUCUCUAUUUACCGAUGGUGAAUUCGCUUACCAUCGGUACCGACGGUACCGGCGGACAGUGUUUUGGAGUGCUACCUUAUGCCAUAGCAAUAUUGCUAACCACCUCAUUCACCAACGGUCUAUUCAAAUUUACCGAUGGUGAAUUCAUUUCUCCAUCGGUACCGAUGGAGAAUCUCUAUUUGCCGAUGGUGAAUUGGCUUACCAUCGGUACCGACGGUACCGACGGACAGUGUUUUGGAGGGCUACCUUAUGCCAUAGCAAUAUUGCUAACUACCUCAUUCACCAACGGACUUUUCAAAUUUAUCGAUGGUGAAUUCAUUUCUCCGUCGGUACCGAUGGAGAAUCUCUAA